UCCACAGGUAAUCCACACAACUACAGUCCAUUAUAUAAUGUCUUGUGAAGUGAAAAGCAAGACAUUUUUAUCUUCAAACUGUUACUACUGGCUAAUAUAGAAGCCAUCUAUCCAUAAUAUUAUUUUCUCGUUGUCUCGUCUGAAACAGGAGAGAAAUAUGCACAAACACUGUUUACACCUAAAAACGGUCCAAAACAGCUCACAAAUAUGUUGGUGGAUUUUGAUGUGAGAGCACAACAGGUAAUAGAUGCUUGAGGAAGCAUUAUUAUAGAUUAUGGACUGGUAUUUUGACCAGAAGUGAUGGAUUGAAGUUAAAAUGCCUUGAUGGAUUUGUUUCUUACAAACACGCAGCUUUUCACUUCAUAAGACAUUAAAUUCAUGGACUGGAGUCAUGUGGAUUACUGUGAUGCUUUUGAUCAGAUGUCUAGACUCUCAUUCUCUCAUUAACUGCAGGAUCUAUUAGUGAGCGAAUGAUGUAAUGCUAAAUUUCUCUUGCUUUUCUUUUAUCUAUCAUUAAGUUGAAGAUUUUUAUAAAACGUUACGCCAUGUAAACUUUAAAAAACAGAAUUCAUUUAAUUAAGCUGACAUAAUCAUCAUUUAGCUUUUAAGAUUAAAUGACAGGCCUCUCUUAACCUUGUAUUGAAAAUGGAAGAUGUUACGCAAUUUAGAUCUAUUUUAAUAUAGACACCGGAUACGACCCAUGGGAUUUCUAUGAGGAAAGAAGGACUUGUCCUGGGAAAAGUCCAGUGUAGUUUCCAAAAACAUGAAAAGAUAUAAACCACAAGAACAACAAUUUAGUCAUACUGUUUUCCAACCAUAAAAAUAGGCUGAAGUACAGACAGGACAACAACAGGUAAUGAUUUUUAAACUGGUAUGUGUAAAAUUAGAAAGGAAUGCUCACUAACUAGUCGUCUCUCAGUAUAGUGCUCUCUCAUCACAUCAUGAUAUGCACUGUGACCAAGUUUCAGCAGAAAUGUGUGUUUUUUUCGCACUGUGGCUUUCAAACAGUCAGAUAAUUAGCCUGUCACAGGCGAACACCAAACUUAAGCACAUUGUUUUUUUGUUUUCUGUCUAGUUAGGGAGGGUUUUGGUCCUGACUAAUCACUGUGGUUGGAUGGAGGAGUGUGUGUACCGGAAAAGGACUCAUAGUGAUAGUGUGUGAUGUAUGAUCUCUGACACACACAAACACAGGAACACAGUUUGGGAAAGAGAGUUUUUCCACUGAAGGUCUUAUCGUAAUGCUGAGGGGGCUGCUCUGUUAUACAGAUCAUUAUGACUCAUACAGUAGCCCUUCAUUUUUUUUCUUUUGCUUUGUCCAUCAGCUCUGAAGAGCCAAAGGGAGGAUGCUGAAGUUUCUUUCUCAUUUUGACUUACGUUCUUUUGUUCUUAUUUCUCUGCAGUGUGAGAUCGCAUAGAUGAACCACUAUGUGUCAACACACUCCAGUUACACACAAUAAAUGAUCCAGAGAGCGUCUGUGGAUGAAAUGGUCACAGCUUUCCUCAAUGAAAGGCAAGCCACUACUGAGGAGAUGGCUUUAGUAAGCAAUGCACUGGCUGCUUACUCCUUCAUAGCAGAUCAGCCGGAACGGGCGGCACUGUAUUUUGUGUGUGGAGUGUGUUUGGGACUGGUUCUCACGCUCAUCGCGUUAGUGGUGCAGAUCUCCUGUCGAACCGACUGCAAAACGCAACAAGCGUCCAAGAAAACAGGAAAGACUUUGGAGAGCACCAGUGACACGAGCGACAGCGAUUCGGAGUGGGACAAUACCUCCGACCUGUCUGCACGGCGCCACCGGCGCUUCGAACGGACGCUCGGUAACGUGUUUACCUCCGCAGAAGAGCUGGAGCGCGCGCAGAGACUGGAGGAACGCGAGCGGAUUAUACGGGAGAUCUGGAUGAACGGUCAGCCGGACAUACCGGGCACGCGCAGCCUGAACCGCUACUAUUGA